GCCAGAAAUUUCUUUCCCACUGUGUGGGCAGGAGACAGAUUUUUCCCUAACCUGUCCCCUUUCUCAUUUAUUUAUUUUGUUUUCCGUUUCGCUCCCUCACCCCCGCCUGCCCUGCUCCCCGUUCUUUCUGUCGCUUUCUCCUUAUCCCUCCUUCAAUUUCACCAGCUCUCCUCCCCCUCUCGCUCCCCUGCCCCCACCCUUUGCUCUUUUAAAACAAUCCAGUGAUGCCUCGGGAAUACUAGCACCCCCUCCUCCUUCGGCUGAGCGCGGGACUCUGCGUUAAUUCAAGAGCAAUGUUCUGUGAUGGUGCCCGAGAUGCGUGGACUGAGCCCAGGCCGAAGGCUGCCAGAGCCCGCCCUGUGCCCGGCUGUGGGCGGGAGCCCUGAGCCCCGGGCCACCGGCCGCCGGCGCCACAUCCUGGCCCUGCCUGAGGAGGAGGCAUGGAGGCCCCAGCAGUGUGCCCUGCUGGAGGCCGACGCCUCGGACGAGGUGGGCAUGCUGCCCGCCUCCCCACGCACAGUCGCGGGCUUCGACAACUUCUUCCCGGUGCAGGAGGGCGAGGGCCCGGGCUGGGAGGGCGGCUCCAGCCCCUUCCUGCCUGUGAGCCCAGAGGUCAUGAAGCGGCGGCGCGGGGGCCUCAUCGAGCAGCGCGACAUCAUCAAGGCCCACGAGGCGCACAAGAUGCAGAGCACCCCGCAGGCCCGGCGCAAGGAGUGGGAGAUGGCUCGCUUCGGGGAGGCGGUGGUCGGCAGGCCGGGGUCGGGCGAUGGAGACUCGGACCAGAGCAGGAACCGACAAGGAACCCCAGUGCCGGCCUCGGGGCAGGCGGCUGCCUACAAGCAGUCGAAAGCGCAGAGGGCGCGGACUAUGGCUUUGUACAACCCCAUUCCCGUCCGGCAGAACUGUUUCACCGUCAACAGAUCCCUGUUCAUCUUCGGAGAAGAUAACAUUGUCAGGAAGUACGCCAAGAAGCUCAUCGAUUGGCCGCCAUUCGAGUACAUGAUCCUGGCCACCAUCAUCGCCAACUGCAUCGUCUUGGCCCUGGAGCAGCAUCUUCCGGAGGAUGACAAGACCCCCAUGUCCCGAAGACUGGAGAAGACAGAACCGUAUUUCAUUGGGAUCUUCUGCUUUGAAGCUGGGAUCAAAAUUGUGGCCCUGGGGUUCAUCUUCCACAAGGGCUCGUACCUCCGCAACGGCUGGAACGUCAUGGACUUCAUCGUGGUCCUCAGUGGCAUCCUGGCCACCGCGGGGACCCACUUCAACACCCACGUGGACCUGAGGACCCUCCGGGCUGUGCGUGUCCUGAGGCCCUUGAAGCUGGUGUCAGGGAUACCUAGCCUGCAGAUCGUGUUGAAGUCCAUCAUGAAGGCCAUGGUGCCUCUUCUGCAGAUUGGCCUUUUGCUCUUCUUUGCCAUUCUGAUGUUUGCUAUCAUUGGCUUGGAGUUCUACAGUGGGAAGUUACAUCGAGCAUGCUUCAUGAACAAUUCAGGUAUUCUAGAAGGAUUUGACCCCCCACACCCUUGUGGUGUGCAGGGCUGCCCAGCUGGUUAUGAAUGCAAGGACUGGAUCGGCCCCAACGAUGGGAUCACCCAGUUUGAUAACAUCCUUUUUGCUGUGCUGACUGUCUUCCAGUGCAUUACCAUGGAAGGGUGGACCACUGUGCUGUACAAUACCAAUGAUGCCUUAGGAGCCACCUGGAAUUGGCUGUACUUCAUCCCCCUCAUCAUCAUCGGAUCCUUCUUUGUCCUCAACCUAGUCCUGGGAGUACUUUCUGGGGAAUUUGCCAAAGAGAGAGAGAGAGUGGAGAACCGAAGAGCGUUCAUGAAACUGCGGCGUCAGCAGCAGAUCGAGCGUGAACUGAAUGGCUACCGGGCCUGGAUAGACAAAGCAGAGGAAGUCAUGCUUGCUGAAGAAAAUAAAAACGCUGGAACGUCUGCCCUGGAAGUGCUUCGAAGGGCAACCAUCAAAAGGAGCCGGACGGAGGCCAUGACCCGAGACUCCAGCGAUGAGCACUGCGUUGAUAUCUCUUCUGUGGGUACGCCUCUCGCACGAGCCAGUAUCAAGAGCACAAAAGUGGACGGGGCCUCCUAUUUCCGGCACAAGGAAAGGCUUCUGCGCAUUUCUAUUCGCCACAUGGUUAAAUCCCAGGUGUUUUACUGGAUCGUCCUGAGCCUGGUGGCUCUCAACACUGCCUGUGUGGCCAUCGUCCAUCACAACCAGCCACAGUGGCUCACUCACCUCCUUUACUAUGCAGAAUUUUUGUUUCUGGGGCUGUUUCUCUUGGAGAUGUCCCUGAAGAUGUACGGCAUGGGGCCUCGCCUUUAUUUCCACUCCUCAUUCAACUGCUUUGAUUUUGGGGUCACAGUGGGCAGCAUCUUUGAAGUGGUCUGGGCUAUCUUCAGACCCGGUACAUCUUUUGGAAUCAGUGUCUUGCGAGCGCUCCGGCUUCUAAGAAUAUUUAAAAUAACCAAGUACUGGGCUUCCCUUCGCAAUCUGGUUGUCUCCUUGAUGAGCUCCAUGAAGUCUAUCAUCAGCUUGCUCUUCCUCCUCUUCCUCUUCAUCGUUGUCUUUGCCCUGCUAGGAAUGCAGCUGUUUGGAGGCAGGUUUAACUUUAAUGAUGGGACUCCUUCUGCAAAUUUCGAUACUUUUCCUGCAGCCAUCAUGACUGUGUUCCAGAUCCUGACAGGGGAGGACUGGAAUGAGGUGAUGUACAACGGGAUCCGCUCCCAGGGUGGGGUCAGCUCAGGCAUGUGGUCAGCCAUCUAUUUCAUUGUGCUCACCUUGUUUGGAAACUACACGCUACUGAACGUAUUCUUGGCCAUUGCUGUGGAUAAUCUGGCCAAUGCCCAGGAGCUGACCAAGGAUGAGCAGGAAGAAGAGGAGGCCUUCAACCAGAAGCACGCUCUGCAGAAGGCCAAGGAAGUCAGCCCCAUGUCCGCGCCCAACAUGCCUUCCAUUGAAAGAGACAGAAGGAGAAGACACCACAUGUCGAUGUGGGAGCCACGCAGCAGCCACCUGAGGGAGCGGAGGCGCAGGCACCACAUGUCCGUGUGGGAGCAGCGCACCAGCCAGCUGAGGAGACACAUGCAGAUGUCCAGCCAGGAGGCCCUCAACAAAGAGGAGGCCCCGCCGAUGAACCCCCUCAACCCCCUCAACCCGCUGAGCCCCCUCAACCCACUCAAUGCUCACCCCAGCCUCUCGAGGCCCAGGCCCAUCGAGGGCCUGGCCCUGGGCCGGCUGGAGAAGUGCGAGGAGGAGCGCAUCAGCCGUGGAGGGUCCCAAGGGGACGGAGGGGACCUGACCAGUGUCCUGGACAACCAGAGGAGCCCCUUGUCCCUGGGCAAGCGGGAGCCACCAUGGCUGGCCAGACCUUGUCACAGGAACUGUGACCCCACCCAGCAGGAGGCUGGAGGAGGGGAGACCGUGGUCACCUUCGAGGACCGAGCCAGGCACAGGCAGAGCCAGCGACGCAGCCGGCACCGCCGUGUCAGAACCGAGGGCAAAGACUCGGCCUCCGCCUCCCGGAGCAGGUCUGCCAGCCAGGAGAGGAGUCUGGAUGAAGGGGUACCUGCCGAGGGGGAGGACCAUGAGCCCCGGGGCAGCCACGGGGGCAAGGAGCCAACUAUCCAUGAAGAGGAGAGGGGCCAGGACUUGAGGAGAACCAACAGUCUGAUGGUGUCCAGAGGUUCCGGGCUAGGAGCCCUGGACGAGGCAGAAACGCCCCUAGUCCCACCUCAGCCUGAGCUGGAGGUAGGGAAGGAUUCCAGGCUGAUGGAGCCGGAGCCGGAAGGCAGCAGCGAGCAAGCCCUGCUGGGGGACGUGCAGCUGGACGUGGGCCGGGGCGUCAGCCAGAGCGAGCCAGACCUGUCCUGCAUCACAGCCAACACUGACAAGGCCACCACGGAGAGCACCAGCGUCACCGUUGCCAUCCCCGACGUGGGCCCCCUGGUGGAUUCGACAGUGGUGCACAUUAGCAACAAGACUGAUGGAGAAGCCAGCCCCUUGAAGGAGGCAGAUAUCAAAGAGGAGGAAGAGGAGUUAGAGAAGAAGAAGCAGAAGAAGGAGAAGCGUGAGACUGGCAAAGCCAUGGUGCCUCACAGUUCCAUGUUCAUCUUCAGCACCACCAACCCGAUCCGGAGGGCCUGCCACUACAUCGUGAACCUGCGCUACUUUGAGAUGUGUAUCCUCCUGGUGAUUGCAGCCAGCAGCAUUGCCCUGGCGGCGGAGGACCCUGUCCUGACCAACUCGGAGCGCAACAAAGUCCUGAGGUAUUUCGACUACGUUUUCACGGGUGUGUUCACCUUUGAAAUGGUCUUGCAGAUGAUAGACCAGGGCUUGAUCCUGCAGGAUGGGUCCUACUUCCGAGACCUCUGGAACAUCUUGGACUUUGUGGUGGUGGUUGGUGCAUUGUCUGCACCUGCCAUCGCGAACGCUUUGGGAACCAACAAGGGGCGGGACAUCAAGACCAUCAAGUCUCUGCGGGUGCUCCGAGUUCUGAGGCCACUGAAAACGAUCAAGCGUCUGCCCAAGCUCAAGGCGGUGUUCGACUGCGUGGUGACUUCUUUAAAGAAUGUCUUCAACAUACUCAUCGUCUACAAGCUCUUCAUGUUCAUCUUUGCUGUCAUCGCAGUUCAGCUCUUCAAAGGAAAGUUCUUUUAUUGUACAGACAGUUCCAAGGACACAGAGAAGGAGUGCAUAGGCAACUACGUAGACCACGAAAAAAACAAGAUGGAGGUGAAGGGCCGGGAAUGGAAGCGCCAUGAAUUCCACUAUGACAACAUCAUCUGGGCCCUGCUGACCCUAUUCACAGUCUCCACAGGGGAAGGAUGGCCUCAGGUUCUGCAGCAUUCCGUAGACGUGACAGAGGAAGACCGGGGCCCAAGCCGCAGCAACCGCAUGGAGAUGUCCAUCUUUUACGUGGUCUACUUUGUGGUCUUCCCUUUCUUCUUUGUCAAUAUCUUCGUGGCUCUCAUCAUCAUCACCUUCCAGGAACAGGGGGACAAGAUGAUGGAGGAGUGCAGCCUGGAGAAGAAUGAGCGGGCAUGCAUCGACUUCGCCAUCAGUGCCAAGCCUCUCACCCGCUACAUGCCACAGAACAGGCACACCUUCCAGUAUCGUGUGUGGCACUUCGUGGUGUCUCCUUCCUUUGAGUAUACCAUCAUGGCCAUGAUUGCCUUGAACACUGUCGUGCUGAUGAUGAAGUACUACUCUGCUCCCUGUACCUAUGAACUGGCCCUCAAGUACUUGAAUAUCGCCUUCACCAUGGUGUUUUCCCUGGAAUGUGUCCUAAAGAUCAUCGCUUUUGGCUUCCUGAACUAUUUCCGAGACACCUGGAAUAUCUUUGACUUCAUCACUGUGAUUGGCAGCAUCACAGAAAUCAUCCUGACCGACAGCAAGCUGGUGAACACCAGUGGCUUCAAUAUGAGCUUUCUGAAGCUCUUCCGUGCUGCUCGCCUCAUAAAGCUUCUGCGCCAGGGCUAUACCAUUCGUAUUUUACUUUGGACUUUUGUGCAGUCCUUUAAGGCCCUGCCUUAUGUCUGCCUUUUGAUUGCCAUGCUUUUCUUCAUUUAUGCCAUCAUCGGAAUGCAGGUAUUUGGAAACAUCAAAUUAGAUGAGGAGAGUCACAUCAAUCGGCACAACAACUUCCGGAGUUUCUUUGGGUCCCUCAUGCUACUCUUCAGGAGCGCCACAGGUGAGGCCUGGCAGGAGAUUAUGCUGUCCUGCCUCGGUGAGAAAGGCUGCGAGCCCGACACCACCGCCCCGUCCGGGCAGAACGAGAACGAGCGCUGCGGCACCGACCUGGCCUACGUGUACUUUGUCUCCUUCAUCUUCUUCUGCUCCUUCUUGAUGCUCAACCUGUUUGUGGCCGUCAUCAUGGACAACUUUGAGUACCUGACUCGGGAUUCCUCCAUCCUGGGGCCUCACCACUUGGACGAGUUUGUCCGCGUCUGGGCAGAAUAUGACAGAGCAGCAUGUGGCCGCAUCCAUUACACUGAGAUGUAUGAAAUGCUGACUCUCAUGUCACCACCGCUAGGCCUCGGCAAGAGAUGUCCCUCCAAAGUGGCAUAUAAGAGGUUGGUCCUGAUGAAUAUGCCAGUGGCUGAGGACAUGACGGUCCACUUCACCUCCACACUUAUGGCUCUGAUCCGGACAGCUCUGGACAUUAAAAUUGCCAAAGGUGGUGCAGACAGGCAACAGCUAGACUCAGAGCUACAGAAGGAGACCCUGGCCAUCUGGCCUCACCUGUCCCAGAAGAUGCUGGAUCUGCUUGUGCCCAUGCCCAAAGCCUCUGACCUGACCGUGGGAAAAAUCUAUGCAGCAAUGAUGAUCAUGGACUACUAUAAACAGAGUAAAGUGAAGAAGCAGAGGCAGCAGCUGGAGGAACAGAAAAAUGCACCCAUGUUCCAACGCAUGGAGCCAUCCUCCCUGCCUCAGGAGAUCAUCGCUAAUGCCAAAGCCUUGCCUUAUCUCCAGCAGGACCCCGUGUCAGGCCUGAGUGGCCGGAGUGGAUACCCUUCAAUGAGUCCACUCUCCCCCCAGGAAAUAUUCCAGUUGGCUUGUAUGGACCCAACCGAGGAUGGACAAUUCCAGGAACAGCAAUCUCUGGAGCCAGAGGUUAGUGAAAUAAAAAGCGUGCAGUCCUCUAACCAUGGCAUCUACCUUCCUCCGGACACCCAGGAGCAUGCGGGAUCGGGGAGGGCAUCCUCUAUGCCACGCCUGACCGUGGAUCCCCAGGUGGUGACAGACCCUAGCUCCAUGAGACGGUCAUUUUCUACUAUUCGGGAUAAGCGUUCAAAUUCCUCAUGGCUGGAGGAAUUCUCCAUGGAGCGAAGUAGUGAAAACACCUACAAGUCUCGUCGCCGGAGUUACCACUCCUCCCUGCGGCUGUCAGCCCACCGCCUGAACUCCGACUCAGGUCACAAGUCUGACACCCACCGCUCAGGGGGCAGGGAGCGGGGACGAUCAAAAGAACGAAAACAUCUUCUCUCUCCUGAUGUCUCCCGCUGCAAUUCUGAGGAGCGAGGGACCCAAGCUGACUGGGAGUCCCCUGAGCGCCGUCAGUCCAGGUCACCCAGUGAGGGCAGGUCACAGACCCCCAACAGACAGGGCACAGGGUCCCUGAGUGAGAGCUCCAUCCCCUCCAUCUCCGACACCAGCACCCCCAGACGAAGUCGUCGGCAGCUUCCACCUGUCCCACCAAAGCCUCGGCCCCUCCUUUCCUACAGCUCCCUCAUGCGACACGCUGGCAGCAUCUCUCCCCCGGCUGACAGAAGCGAGGGCGGAUCUCCUCUGACCUCCCAAGCCCUGGAGGGCAGCAAUGCUUGCCUGGCCGAGUCUUCCAACUCCCCACACCCCCAGCAGGGCCAGCACUCUUCCCCACAGCGCUACAUCUCGGAGCCCUACCUGGCCCUGCACGAAGACUCCCAUGCCUCGGACUGCGGCGAGGAGGAGACACUCACCUUUGAAGCAGCUGUGGCUACUAGCCUGGGCCGUUCCAACACCAUCGGCUCAGCCCCACCCCUGCGGCACAGCUGGCAGAUGCCCAAUGGACACUAUCGGCGACGGAGGCGUGGGGGGCCUGGGCCCGGCGUGAUGUGUGGAGCCGUCAGUGACCUCCUGAGUGACACAGAAGAAGAUGACAAGUGCUAGAGGCUGCUCCCCCCUCCGAUGCAUGCUCUUCUCUCACAGGGAGAAAACCAAGACCGAAUUGGGAAGCCUGUGCGGCCCCGGGGGGGAGGAAGAGGGAGAAGGAAGAUGGAAAGACGCGUGCAUUAUCAGAAGCAGCAGCAGAGGACAAAUGGAAAACCAGUCCAACCCACCAACUGCGUCACUUCCCUUUGCAAGAUGGGCACUGCCAUAGUUCUGCCUCUUUGCUGGGGAAAGAAAGUACAGAAAUACGGAGGGUUAGUCCCACAGAAGGAGGGAAGUGAGGGUGGCUUGGCUUCCCCGGCCCCUUCCCACUCUUCUAGAAGCCCAGGAGGGAUCUGGCUGGCCUGUGUCUACACUCAUUGCCCUGAGCAGCCUGUCACUGGGGAGUAGUAGAGACCGAGGGAGACCAAUCUCCUCCCACCACUGCCAGCAGGGCAAUGGUGGCACCUCAUGCGUUAGUCUGUGGCUUGCUUCCCCCGGAGAAGCGCAAGCCGAGUCGGGAACGUUAGGCUGCCCAGGGGAGGCGGCAGGAAGGAAAGGGCAGAAGAGCUCAGGGUGCUGUGGCAGUCGCAAGGGCUGGUCUGGGUGAGAAAAGCCAUAGCCCAGCAGCCCGUACCAUGGAGGCGAGGGCCAGAGAAAGAACUGGAGGUGCUGGUGGGUACAGUCCUAGAUCCCGAGGCCUGUUAUCCACAUAGUAGGUGCUGUGACAGUGAGAACAGGUGAGGUGGUCCCCAGGGCCCACAGUGGUGCCUGCAGCUCUGGUAAGGGUGGAGUUAAACAACACCUAUGGCCAGGGCACCAACCUAGGUCAAGUUCAGCCACAGCGUGGGAGCCCCGUGCUGUUCCCAGCAGUGGCUCUUUAGAUGCUGGUCAUGGGGAACCCCAGGGUGGAGGUAGGGAUGAAGGGAACCUAGGGACUCAGGCAGAGUCUGUUUUCCAACCAGCAUAGGAGUAACUUCAUAUUGGGAACAGUGCUUCGGCCAUACAGCACAUCCUGGCUGAAGGCCAGGGCUGAGCCUAGUGAGAUCACGUGCCAGGCCCUCAGUCUUUCCUGCCACUUCCCCGAGAGGGCAGAACACACACAUCCACAAGGACCACCCUCACCCAGUAGGGACUUCUGUAAGGAUGGGAAAGGCUGAUAGACUGAAAUGAGAAGUGUCAGUUUACUGAGGACCUCCAGUGAGGAGGGACCUUUGGGUCUAUAGCUUCACCUGGUUUGGGGUUUAGGGUCAGUUGAUCAGGAUGAUUAGUAAAUAUACCUCAGCUUCAACCUUGGCUGCUCCUUCUAGCAAAGUAGGCUCUGAUGGGGUUCCCCAAGCCCAAAUGUUCCCUGAAACAGGGCUGGGCUUUCCCCUUCCCCAGAGUAAAAGCUGGGCAGAAGACAGCCUUCAGCCACGAUGUCAUUCUAACCCCUCCCUGUAUACAGAAGCAUUGAGAGAGAGGCUUUGCCUGGCCAGUCCGUGUUCCUGCAGCAUACACUUGAUUGCUACAUUCUAUGGAACAUGUCCUGUCUAUCUGGUGGAGAAGCACCAGGCCCUUAAGCCUCUCCAAAGUGCCAUCACAGCAGGUGAAUGACUGUCCCAGAGGGGGUUCAGGUAGGGCCCUCCUUAAGGAGACUUGAGGACCCCUAUAGUGGGAGCUCAGUGGAUGAACACUUCAUCCUCCCCAAGACAGAGUCCCCAGGACUCUUGGGGAUCUUAGAAGGAGCUUCUCUUUUCUUGUGAAGUUGUUUUUCUUCCCAUUCCCGGGUUGAAAUAGAAAUAAGGCACAGCCACAUUAGUAAAAUUCAACCAUGUGGCUGGAGAAUCACUUGUAAUAGACCUGCCUGUUCUUCUAGGUGUUGAUGGAGCUUCCUGACUCACAGUCAGCCCCAAACCAAAGUAGUCCCAGGACAGGGGCUGGUGAGACAGACAAAGGCUCCCACUCUUAGACCCUCUUCCAUCUUUGUUUUCCUCUCCCACUCAGCACAUGAGUGCUUGGGGACAGCUGGGAAUGUGAUCCUAACAGGUGUGCUCAUUACAGGAGACUCUGAUGCUGGGCCUUCUAUUGUUUCUAAGGUUUUCUCUGCUCAGCCUCAUUCCAUGCCAAAGUGCUGCUAUGGGCUGCCUUGUGUGCACAAAACUGCUUUCCUCCACCGCGGACAGCAGCUUUCCUCAGGGAAAGCCUAUAACAGGUGGCCAUUCUAGCCAGAGCAUUUGUUGAAUGGUGUUUUGAGAAAGCACAUCAUGGUGAUAGUUUAUGCCCAUUUCAUCAGCAGGAGAAAUGUGGGCUGGCAGAAUAAUGAUCAUAAAUGGAAUCUGCAAACAACAGCAUGAACACCAAAUUUACUGUGUCAGGAAGAAAGACUUCCUGCACACUGAAUUCCUUGAACACACACAAGUCCUGCAUAAAGCUCUGUUAAGUUAUGAAGUGCUGCGGGUGUGGUCACCUGACGGACCACUUGGGUUUUUUUUUUUUAAAUACUAAUGAAAUUAUAAACUUGCUUCUUUCAUUGAACUUCCUCUGACCAAGAAACGAGAUUCUGCCAUCCACCCCCAGUACCCCAUGCAUUAGCCUGCACUUACCCUUCUAUUAAGACCAGAAAAUGAAAGAGAGUUUUCUGGUCAGUCAUGAUCUCAUUAUCAUAAUCACCUUUAGUUUCCUCCUGCCUCAGAAUAAACAUGAAUGCCACCCUUUCCCGCUUGUAGCCAUCGAGGACUUCCUAGGUCUCAGAUUCUCUUUCCCUUGAGAGGAACCCCCUUUAGAUUCAGAAGCCCAUGCUUCUCUUAUAUUAAGAAUCCCAGCUGCAUCUUGUGCUAUGCCGCAUGAUUAAUCUGGGCACUGGAGGUUCCCUCAGAAGAUUCUUCAGUCAGAUGUCCAACAAUCCUUGCUAAUGUUAGUCUUCAUCAUCUCUCAAAACAAGGAGAGGAAGAGGAAAACCAAGAUAGGGAGAUGCUGUAACUAGGUGUAUGUUUAUCCCUCUCUCCACUCAAGGCUCCAAACAGGUGGGGACUGCACAGCACCGUCUCCCUCUGCAGGAGAAAGAUGCCAGCAGCCCUCCGCAAAGGCUUGUAACCAAGGUGCCCUGUGAGCCAGGGUCAGCAAAGAACCACCUGGCCUGUAGAGGGACAGCGCCCUGUAGCAUCCUCCAGGCUCCACAGGAGCCAUGAAGACGACUACCUGUGGGUGGAGUGUGUGCAGCAGAGCUGUUGCACUCUUCUAGCUGAAGAAGCUCUUUCUAUUCCUGGCAGCUCUUCUACUCACUGUCCCCAUAGUGUACUGAGGGCACUAAAAAACCUUUUCCUGAAGCUGACUCCCAGGUGUUCUAAAUUUUGCCCUCCUUUGACUCUGUGGCCAGAAAGAGAAGACCUACAGUCCACCCCUCAGCCACACAUCCCCCAACCCCACUGAGCCCAUGUGAUGAGCCACAGUCUCCUCUAACUUCCCACCCACCUUGGUUUUGCUGCCUGUUAGCACAGAUCCAACUCCCAAGACGGCUACCCAAUCUAAGCUGUUUGCUGGCCCAACUGCCUCUGCCAUUACAGAAUUUUACUUUCUAAUGAAAUAAGUCCUGGGACUCACCAGGUGAUCUUCACAGGGUGAGUUGAAGUAGACUGAAAGGUGUGCAUGAAAUGUCCUUGUACUUGAUGAAAUCUUGCUGCAGAGAAGUCUCUUGACUAAGCAGAACCACAUUUACCAAAAAAAAAAAAAAAAAAGUUUUUUAAAAUAGGAAGUUCUCAACUUUUCGUUACAUUCUAUUUGUAAAGCCUACUACGGAUGUUUUGUUUUUGGACAGAUUAUUUCUUUAGUGGGUAGAGCUAGGGGUGAGUUGAGAGAUCCUCUCAUUUCUCAGCUCAGUUAUAAUAUCGAAAUACUACAAGGCUGUGUGUAAAGGGUAAACACAGCAGAAGGGAAGCAAAUAAUCUCCUGCUUGGCAGAGAUUUUUGUGAGACUUGAGAGUUAAAGAACUUUCACUGCUUUGUUGUUAAUCAGUAUCUUAUUGGUCUUGUUUUGAGCAUUCAAAGGCCUGAGGCUGGCAAAUGCCAAGAAUUCUGGUGCAAGGUGGCAUUUCCAUGCCAGGGAGGACUAUUCGCGGCAGAUUCUUUACCUAGCCUGUUGGACAGACUGGGUCCUAGAGUACUAAGCACUGUCCACGAGCAAAAGAGGACUUUAUGAUGUGGGGAAGGAAGAAGAGGAGGUAGGUCCUUUGCCAGUGGCCACAGCAUGAUGAGUUAACUCCAGACAAGAGCCCUUAAGGAACCAGGUCCAGGUUUGGAUAUCUUAUCUUUAAAUAUAUCCAUGUGUGACUUAUUUUAACAAAAUGUAAAUAAAAUUAGGGGUUAUAACCUUACUUUUGCCAUGAAGGCGAUCAAAGGAGAUGCCAAAUUAAUAAGCGCUACCUGUACCAGGAGCUUUUUUUUUUUUUCCCUCCUAUUCAUCAUAGCCGUGUCUACCCCAAGUAGAGCAGCCAUCAGUGUCUUCUCUGCUGGGCACAGACUACUAGGGUGUUCAAUCAGCUGCCACUUACUGCAAGUCACCCAGAGUACAUGGGUGUACUUCAGGGAAGGACAAGGGUCUAGGAACAGAAAGAACUACCUUCAGUUUAUGGUGACCAUCUUUUCUUUUACUUGAAUCUUCUUUUCUCUUUUGACUUUCUAGGGUUUGUGCAUCCCCAAAAGGUCAUACCAAGCCAAAAGAACAGAUUUCAAAUUGUCCUGACCUUCCCAAAGGCCUUGAAAAUAUAGUCUGGAUAAAAUUCAACCCAUCUGGUUGAGAAGUAUGAAUGGGGCUCACAGCAAAGUGUAAGGGACAGCUGCCGAGGCUGGGGGACCCCAGUGCCCUUCUGUUUUUGUAGUCUUCCUUCCAUUCAUAUCCUUCUGCCAUGCUCUAAGUAGGAAGGUUAGCACCUUGACCUUCUAAUGCAAAAAGAGACUUUACAAUAAGCCAUGCUACUAUGUAAAUACAUUCUUGAGGUUUGAAUUCUUAUUUCUAGAGGUAUGAAAGAGUUGAGCAGAUGAGGUAGAGAGAGGUGUGGGCAUUUAUGUUCAUUUUUAUCUGUUUGGGGAUUUUUGGUGGAUUGGUUGCUUGAUUUUUUUUUUUUUUAAUCAGACCUGCUCUAGAGUAGCAAAGAAGUUUGUGCUCUGCAGUGUUAUGAAUCUGCUUCUCUUUAGGGAUUAAUUUCUGACCAAUUAAUGCUAUAAUAGUUGAGUGUAAAAUCUGAGGUUACAGUACCAGCUCUGUCCUUCCUCUGGUCUCCUCCUUGUCUUCCUUCUCCUGUGUCUCAGUAAGUUGAACUCUGACUUGUCUGUCCAUAUCUCUGUCUCUUCUCUUCCUAGGGACUUAAAAUUUAACUUAAUGAAAAUCUGCCCUGCUCCGAACAUCAGUAAAAGUCAAAGAAAUAAUAAGAUGUAGAUUUUUUUUCCCCCAGAUAUCUUCAACCAACAAAUGCCAAGUUUAUGUCUUGAUAAGAUAAUUUUUAAAGUUUAGUAAUCUGAUAAAUGAAAAUUAUAGUCAAAAAUAAUAAAUUAUACUUCAGCCUUCUAUACUAAUUUGUGCCUUCAGCAAGAGUAUUGUAUGUGUUCUCUUUCCCUUGUUAGGAAAAUUGGAAUACUAAUACUUGGCUGGUUUAUGGGUGUGUCAAGUGUUCGUAUGUUAAUAAUACACAAUUUAAAGCACUUAGUCUCCACAAGUCAAUCAGAAAAACCUUCACUCAUUAUAUUUCCCUAAGGAACUAAGAAAUUAUUGGCAUUACUAUAAGCAUUAUUUUGGAGAAAUUUCAUAUUUAAUGGGACCUGAAUCUAAGACUUGCUUUAAUUUCACAUCCUACUCUUCUUACCCCCCUACUCCCUUCUAAGCUAAGAAAAAAGUUCAGAUUUUUUCUUUAAUCCAGGAAAGAAAUUGAGUUUUCCCUCUGCAAGCUUCCAUGAAUGGUCUUCUCUUUGUGGACACUUAGGCAUAGAUGGAAUACCCACAAAGCAACACUGAAUGACCUCAUCCAGACAUUUGCUCCAACCCAGUGUUGGAAAAAUGAAUCUUUACUUAUUCUACAAGCAUGUCAGAGAUAAGAAUGGCUUCCUCUGAAUUCUAGAAACAGAUACUUGAACUUGUGCCAGUUAGUGCCACGUUUCCUCUUUGGUUUCCUCAGAGGAUGGCCCCAAAAGUGAGAAGGAGACUAAAUCAGUUGUAUCUGCUGUGUCUGAAUUCAACCUUAUUUGAUGACUCAGUUGUUUUCUUUCCAUUAUUCUGAUCUCUUGUGGCUAUGGCCUAUACUGUACAAGAACCGCCACUUAAAGCAAGUCUAUUAAAAAUACAAGGGGUGAGCAAAACAAAAACAUACUCCAAAAUUUCAAAGUGCCAUUAAUUAAUUUUUAAAAAUAAGGGUAAUAUGAAAUGAGGGCUAAACAAUGAAAUCUAACUGCCAAUUAAAGUAUACAGUAGUUCUGGUCUUAGUUACAUUUGAUACAGAGCUGUAUAACAUUAAGCAGAUCCAGUGGAUUUAGUAAAAACAUAGGUAUUGAAUUUUAAUGGCUACCAAUGGGGAUAUAUACUUAGCCUGCAGGCUGAACUUUAGUCAGUGUUUUUCUAUUCUGGUGUUUUGUGAACAAGCCAAAAUUUAUACAAAGCCACCCUAAGUGCUGCAAUUACAAAGGAACUUCCCCCUUGGUGACAUUGGAGAGCAGUCCAAGUCCACUCAAACUGAGUCCAAGAUUUGGAACUCGCUCAGAAUAACAAACGAAGGAGAAACAUUUAAAGAACCAAGUGUGUUUGGCAUUUCAUAGCUGGGACAACUGGUACAGAGCAGGAAGACAAUCUAUAGAACAAAGACAAGUUGAGAUGAAAGAUGCUAGCAAGUCCCAGAAGAGGACAGGCUUAGAGACAUAUGACCUUGGAUCCUCCCUUUCACUUAGGCUGUAGGUAAACUCGUUAGCACGGUACCAGAUUCAGAGAGGUCCUUUCCGUUAAACUCAUGUAUGGUAGUGGACUUGAAACCUCAGAGGAUUAGUAGAUUCCUGAAAAGCUUUUCCAGACCUGAAAGAUGGAGAGAAAAGAGGUUCUUGCUUUAAAGCAGCCCAAAGACAAUCUAGGACUUCAGCAACUCUUCAAUAUAGUAGCACCAAUAAUGGAGCGAUUACUUUGACCUUCUUAAGACGCAAGCACCAUGGGAGGGGAGAAGAGCCGAUCGAUGGGACAGGGGACGAGUCUGAUCAGGAACAGAUUUUAAACUGCAAGGUGCACCGGUACUAACCGCAAAGGAUAACACUACAAGUAGGCGGACUACAGGGUGUCCAGUCCACAUCCUCUGUCCUUUGCAACCUCAGGCCAGGCCUUCCCUCCUUGAUUUGCUCUUAGAGGAUGAACAUGAAAGAUAGGAUCACGAGGGAAACCGGGUGCUCUUCCUCAGGCUGUAAAAACGCUGCCACCUUCAUUAUAAGACACAUGUGAGUCAAGCCCCCUUAGACACUCCUUGCGGGCAGCAUCCACUGUGGUGUGCCAGCCUGACACUCCUGCAGUAACGGUGACUGAAUGGCAGCUAAUGCUGGCCCACCCCAAGUAUCGGUGCAUCUCGCCUAAAGCCAGAGUUCAGCACUGCAUGUUGAUCAGGUGGAGAUCCUGAAAUAUAAAUGCUCGUUUGGAUCCAAAAGGAAAACCAUUAAAAAAUAAAAGAAAGAUGAACAACUUUACUGUUUUGGGGGGGUCAAAGAAAAGAAUAAAUAAAACCUUGU